AUGGCGUCAGCCACAGAGAACUCGUCUGACGUCCUGGAGAAUUCUGACGAACCCAAAACCAAUGGUCCCGAGCGAGCGGAAUCUCCCAGCGUGACGGAAAAGAUCUCCUUCGACGAUCGAGGCGACCUCACUCUCAGAGUCGGCAGUCUAGAGGAUGGCUUCGGGGACGUGUUCGAAUUCGUCGUCUGCUCUAGGGCACUAGCGCGCGCGUCUCCCGUGCUUCGAGCAAUGCUCUUUGGUGGAUUUUCGGAGUCCAAGCCCGACGGAGACAUCUGGAUCGUGAAGCUCCCCGAAGACCGCACUGCGCCCUUCUUCAUUCUCCUCAACAUCAUCCAUGGCCGCUUCAGGGCGGUCCCGCAGAAGCUGAAGCUGGACGAGCUCUAUCAGUUGCUUGUUGUCACGAACAAGUCUGAAAUGCUGUCGGUCAUAUUCCAGUGGGCGCCAAUCUGGUUCGAACCUCACAAGAACCUCGAUGAGGUCUUGGAAGGGAACGAAAGACUAUUGUGGAUUGCCUGGGAGCUCGGGGAGGAAAGGACCUUUGAAUUGAAAUGUCGAGAUUUCGUCCUUAGGUCCAACGUCAACACCGAAGGGCAGAUUGUUGAUAAAAGAGGGGCCCCUCUCAACACUUACGACUAUAAAAUCAUGGAUCGAUUCGAAGUUUCGAGGAGGGACUUCAAGUCACCAAUCUCGGACAAUAAUCUCAACUACAUGAGGAACCAGGCCAAGAAGACUGCCAUUGGCGGGGAUAGAUCAGCAGAGGCGGAGGAGCCACAAAAGAAGAAACCCAGAUUCUGA